AUGGCGCUCGGCGACAGGGAAAAGUGAUGAGAGAAUAGAACAACAAGCGAUACAACUACAUAACAGUGUGCAUUUAUUUACCCCGUGCGACUAUUUUAAACCCAGACUUAUAUCUUAACAUCGGGAAACUGUCAAGCACGUCCUGAGAGGCCGCAUCGGUCUACGGAAAUAUAAAUAUUCAGCUAAGUGUUUGCUAACUAGCUGCUAAAGUAGCUAGCCUAGCUAACGCUCGCUAACUGCGGAAGGAGAAGGCUGGCAGGCAGCUCCAAGUAACAAGCCGACAAGUCGAGCUCAAUCUGGUUAAAAUUAAGCAACCUCUCCGUUUGAUACUUAAACGACACGUACAGAGUGUGCAGGUGUCGCCCAGGAAGCUACAUCUCUGAUAAAGAGAGCAGAAAAAGAAGAGGAAAGGCGUCAUUUUGCUGAUCUGACGCCAUGGCUCAUUCCCCUAUUCAGAGUGGACUGCCGGGGAUUCAGAAUUUCAAAGCUGACCCAGAGGAGUUUUUUACCAAGCUAGACAGGAUAGGGAAAGGCUCUUUUGGUGAAGUUUUUAAAGGCAUCGACAAUCGGACUCAGAAAGUUGUGGCCAUUAAAAUUAUUGAUCUGGAAGAAGCUGAGGAUGAAAUCGAAGACAUUCAACAGGAAAUCACAGUUCUCAGCCAGUGUGACAGUCCCUUUAUCACCAAGUAUUAUGGAUCCUACCUAAAGGGUACAAAAUUAUGGAUUAUUAUGGAAUAUUUGGGUGGAGGAUCAGCCCUGGAUUUGUUGGAACCAGGUUGCCUUGAUGAAACACAGAUUGCCACAAUAUUGAGAGAGAUCCUGAAAGGGCUCGAGUAUCUGCACUCUGAAAAGAAAAUCCACAGAGAUAUCAAAGCUGCGAACGUGUUGCUGUCAGAACAAGGCGAUGUGAAGCUGGCAGACUUUGGAGUGGCCGGCCAGCUGACAGACACACAGAUAAAAAGGAACACAUUUGUUGGUACUCCUUUCUGGAUGGCUCCUGAAGUCAUAAAGCAAUCGGCCUACGAUUCAAAGGCAGACAUCUGGUCAUUAGGAAUAACAGCAAUAGAACUGGCUAAAGGAGAGCCGCCGCACUCUGAGCUUCACCCCAUGAAGGUCUUAUUCCUCAUCCCAAAGAACAACCCACCAACACUGGAAGGGAACUACAGUAAACCACUUAAAGAAUUUGUUGAAGCCUGUUUAAAUAAGGAGCCUAGCUUUAGGCCAACUGCCAAAGAGCUGUUAAAACACAAGUAUAUUGUAAGGCAUGCCAAAAAGACGUCCUAUCUGACAGAGCUGAUUGACAGAUACAAGAGGUGGAAAUCAGAGCAGUCUCGGGAGGAGUCCAGCUCUGACGACUCUGAUGACGAGCCAAAUGGUCAGGCUUCUGGAGGAGACGACGCUGGCAAUGAUGACUGGAUCUUCAACACCAUCAAGGAGAAGGACUUAAAACUGUUUCUGAAUGGGGCAGCACAGCCUGCUGAGCUCGAAAAGAAACAGGUGCAGGAAAGUCCAAAGAGGCCUUUGUCACAAAGCUUAUCAACAAUCUUUUCUCCAUUGUUUACUGAGUUGAAAGAAAAGGGCGAGCCGCGAAAUGGCAAGCCGGAGGCUGCAGAGGAGCUGCGGGAGGCCAUUUUCCUGGCAGAAGAAACACACCCAGGGAUCUGUGACUCCCUGGUAGCUGAACUAGUGCAGAGACUUCAGAGGUUUUCUGUGCUACAGGCAGCUGCCAGUCAUUGAGAGGAGCUACAUCCAGCUCUGCUCUAAUUUUCCACCCUGGUGGCAGCAGUCAGAUCUUUUCCUCUGACCUCCACAGCCGGGAUGAAGUCUCCCAGGAAGGUCUCCAUCACUCAUUUGCCUGAAGGAAAUCCUGGCCUACUUAAUGUCUGUUUAUACGCUAGCACACCACCAGAGGGUCCUAUUCAGGACAGUCAGUGGCCAGCCACUCUGCUGCCACAAUGACUUCCACCUGCUGUAAGAUGUCCCUUCUCAAUACCUCCUUCACAACUGUUUUUUAUUUUAAUGGUGGUGUCAGCUAUCUUUCUGCAAGGACUCCUGAGUUAUUGGUUUUUGGUGAGUUUGUGGCUUUUCCACAAAGGUUUGCACUCUGCAUCCUUUCGGAGGAAGUACCUUGCUUAAUUAAUUGUGUGCAUGUGUGUGUGUGUGUGUGGCUGUGCGAGAUAUCCUGUGAAAUGUGCGGUGAAGAGUGACAAGUGGGUUUGAAGCAUCCUAUUGAAAACUCAGGUAUCCUGCUUUAAGUGGAUUGGGUCCUCUGGGAGAUGGAAAGAGCUCUAUAGGGUGGUUGUACAGAUUUGUAAAUAAGCUAAUUUCUACAGAUUCAUGAAAAAAUAAUGGAGCGUUUGUAAUGGAACCACUGUGUACAAAUGGCCAAAUGCAAACUGUAGAUAAUGGUUGUGAGGUAAAUAUUUUGAGAGACUAAAAUGGCCAUACAUGAGAUUGCCUUGCCUUUCUACUUGUUCUUUUGUAUAUCAGUCUUUGAUUUCUCCAGUUGUAAAACUUUUUCAUCCAGUGAAUGAAAAUGGCUGCCCUCUAUCAUGUUUUACUAUUGAUUUAUUAUGUAUAUGUGUAUA